AUGACUGUGUUGCAGAUGUUGAAUAGUAGAUCACAGCGCUUUAAGACUUUUGUAGCCAAUCGGGUUAAUAUUAUUCAAUCAAUCUCUGAUGUGUCGCAGUGGUCUCAUGUUCCAACAAAUGAAAAUCCAGCAGACAUCGCUUCUCGUGGCCUUAUGCCAGAUAAGCUGGAUAAGGCAAAAUUAUGGUUUCAAGGUCCGAGUUUUUUGUGGCAACAAAGUGUUUCAUGGCCUGGCACUUCAUCAGUGUCAGAUACCAUACCAACUAAUUCCGAUUUACAUUGUGAAAUUAAGGUGAAUCUUGUUGAAGUUCAAAAGAGAUCCCAGUAUUUUCCUGAGUUAAUAAAUCGCUAUUCAACGUGGGAAAAAUUGUCGAGAACAAUUGCAUGGAUGUUGCGUUUUAAGUUUUUUAUUUUGUGGAAAACCUGUCGAUCAAAUGACUCUCCAAUGACUGGAGAUUUAACUGUUACGGAACUUAGUGUAGCAACUAUUCAGAUCUGCAAGUUGGCCCAAAUUGAAUCGUUUUCUCCAGAGCUCGAAUAUUUUAGUGAGCGUGUACAUGACGGACCAAACUACUUGAGCAGUGGUUGUAAGUUGCCUACAUCACCACAUUCUAAGGCUCUCAUUAAACUUAGCCCAUUUUUAGACAAUGAUAUUUUGCGGGUGGGUGGCCGUCUUCGACACUCACAUUUAUCACCGGAGCAGAAGCAUCCAAUAAUAUUACCACCUCAUCAUCAUGUAACAAAAUUGAUAAUAGAGUAUUAUCAUCGGCAAAAUGGUCAUUCUGGUACAUUGCACACUCUUUCCUCUGUGCGGGAAAAAUUUUGGAUUCUUUGUGGACAGGCGGAAGUUCGUAAGGUGCUGAAUGCUUGUAAAUUGUGCAAGUUGAGGGCGAGUAGACCUGGUUCACAGUGGAUGGCUCCUCUGCCAGAGUCGCGUGUUCUGGGUGGUCGCACUCCUUUCUAUCACACUGCUGUAGAUUACUUUGGCCCAUUGAAAGUCAAAUUGGGACGUAAGGAAUACAAGCGGUAUGGAUGCAUAUUCACCUGUUCAGUCACUAGGGCUGUUCAUAUUGAGGUCUCGGAAUCACUUGAUGCAUCUGCAUUUUUGCAGGCCUUUUUUCGAUUUUGUGAUAGGCGUUCAAAACCAUCCCAUGUAAUUUCAGAUAAUGGCACAAACUUUGUGGCUGGUGAGAGACUUCUUGCUGAGGGGAUUUGUAAGUGGAAUCAGAGUCAAAUUGCAAAUUCUCUGUCACAACAUGGAAUUCAGUGGGAUUUUCAACCGCCUUUAGCACCUCACCAGAAUGGCUUGGUUGAGAUAAUGGUCCGGGAGGCAAAAAGAGUUCUUUAUGCGAUUUGUGCUAAAUCACGAACAUUUACUGAUUUUUCGCUCAUCUCCAUGCUGACUGGGGUAGAAAGAAUUCUGAAUGAUCGCCCAUUGACACCUAUUAGUGAUGAUGCAAGGGAUUUGGAGGUUCUGACACCAAAUUCCAUUUUGACUGGAAAUCUUGAUCCCUCUAUUGCUCCCGAUAAGUUUACGCGCGGUGACGAGUUUCGCGAAAAUUGGAGACAUGUCCAGCUCAGUCUUGAUCGAUUCUGGAAUCGCUGGACAAAGGAGUAUUUACCGCUAUUGCAAAAGAGACAGAAAUGGCUCUUUCCUGAGAGAAAUUUGAAAGUGGGUGACAUUGUGCUUCUGUAUGGCGACGAUACUCCGCGCGGCGUUUGGCCCAAGGGUAGAGUGAUUGAGGUAUUUCCCGAUAAGGAUGGGAUGGUUAGGAGGGUUAAGGUUCAUACUAGGAAUUCUGAUCUAGUUCGUGAUGUUAGGAAACUCUGCCUACUUGAAGCUGCUUAA